AUGUCUGGGCAACACAGCAGGUCAGGCAGCUCCCAAUCCUCUGCUCCCAUGGUGUGUGAGGGUCCCCCCCGCGCCCCCCGCCGGCCCGGGGCCGCAGUGUGGGUGGUCCUGGCUCUCCUCUCUCUGCUGCUUGUGCAGUUGGCAGUGACUGCGGGGAUCUGUGUCCACUUCACAGCAGAGAUCUCCAGGGUUAAGCAACAGCAGAAAGCCUCGCAGGAGUGGCUGUGUCUGAGUGGCCACGGCAGAGUUCAACCGGGGAAAGAGAACGAAACAGAAGGUGUGAGCGGUGAGAAGGACGGAGAGGUGUGUGGGACAGUGGCCCGCAGCAUUAGAUCAUUGGCUGACAAGGUGGUGAAAGAUGUCAUCAAGCAGCGCCUGGUGAAAGAUAUAAUAAACAACUUACCCCCCGACGUCCUGAAACCCAGAGGCCAGGUGUACAUGACGCAGAGUCCCUCUGCUCACCUGAUCAUUCGAUCGCCUGCUCCCCACGAUCCCGCCCUUUUCCGUUUCCAUCAGUCGUGCCGGCACCUCCUGCACUGGGACGUGGGGAGCGGAUUCUCCCACAUCCACAACAUGACAAUGCGUCACGGGAAGCUGCAGGCGAGCCAGCCUGGCCGUUACUACAUCUACUCCCAGACCUACUUCAGAUACCAGCAGCAGCAGCACAGUGACGAGGGCCCCGGCUCCGAGCGUCAGCUUGUUCAGUGUGUCCACAAGAAGACGUCCUACGCCUCGCCAACCCUGCUGAUGAAAGCCGUGGGGACCAAGUGCUGGGCAGCGGAGGCUGAAUACGGCUUAAACUCCCUGUACCAGGGCGGGCUGUUUGAACUCAAGGCCGGAGAUGAGAUAUUCGUGACUGUGUCGGACCCAGACGUAAUUGACACAAACGGGGAUUCCAGCUAUUUUGGAUCUUUCAGGCUGGACUUGUGAGAUCGAGAGCAGUUCUUUUCCUGCCAGUGACUGGUCUGCAACAAUCACGGAACAAUAACAACAAAUUAUACU